AGCUCGCUGUGCCCGGCAUCCUGCACCCCUCCUGCUCCCGCGGGUGCCGGAGCCAGAGCACCCCUCCCUCCCCCUCGGGUCACGCGGCGGCCGGCGCUGCUGCCGUCACGUCCUCGGCCGCCGGCGCGCCUGCUUCUCUCUGCUCUCCCGCUCGGUCCUCAGCCUCCUCUCCCUGUGUGCGCCCUUUGCCCCAACCCCAACUUCCCAUGGCCCGGCAUGUGGGCGUUGGGACCUGGAGUGGCCCCCUGUGGCCCUUGCCUUCCCCAGGGAGAAAGGGCUGCUUUCUGCAAGACUCUUCCCUGCCUGGAUGAAGGGAGGCCUGGGUGCGCAGGUCCCGCGGAUGGGUGUCGCCCACUCGCCCCUUAGAUAGUUCCACCUAAUGGCCUCUGCCUGCUGCUUUAGGCAUAGGGCUCCCAUCUGUUUGCAGUGGAUGAGGGACAGGGCUGUGCCCCGGAGUUAAAUCAGGAGGUUGACGCUGAUUCCUGGCUUCACCUCCCAGACGUGGAGGCUAAAUUUAGCUGGGGUUGGAGCGUGAUGUGUGUGUGUGUGUCCAGAGGCCAGGUUAAGAGAGGCAACCUGGCUCCAUGAGGUUCCCUCACUCCCCUGUUCUCUGCGGAAGAGUGGGCGGUUAGUAGGACGGUACAUCCUGGAACCGUGCUGAGCCUCCUCUGCCUUGCUCAGGGUCUUUUGGUUUGAGGUUCCAACUUGGCACGAUGCUGUGCUGGCACCCACCACGCCACCACACACACCCAUAGGCUGACUUCCUCUGAGCUGCAGCUUCCCCUCCACUGUUUCAGGAAGUAACCUCCCUUCCCCUCUGAAGCACUCCCCCCCCCUCCAACGAGCUGCAAGCCACCCACCAGGCUCUUUCCCAGCUUCUGCACCGUGGGGCACCUCAGGACCCUUGGGGUUCCUACUCACCCCGGGGUUGGGCCAUGGAGGCAGAUGCAGUGAGUGAGGGGGGGGCCAUGGCGGAGGAGCGCCCCCCCCGGCUGGUGGAUUACUUCGUGGUAGCUGGGCUUCCAGGGAACGGAGCACCCAUCCCUGAGGAAACGUGGAUUCCUGAACCCAGUGGGCCCCUGCGCCCUCCCCGGCCGGCUGAGCCCAUCACGGAUGUAGCCAUCAUUGCUAGGGCACUGGGCGAGGAGGUGCCCCAGGGCUAUACCUGCAUCCAAGCUUCUGCUGGGGGCCACCCCUUGGAACUCAGUGCUGGGCUCCUGGGUGGAACUCAGCCUGUCAUCUGCUACCGCAGGGGCCGUGACAAGCCCCCCCUUGUUGAACUGGGGGUGUUGUAUGAGGGGAAGGAGCAUCCCAAGCCUGGCUUCCAAGUGCUUGACACAACACCCUACAGCCACUCAGCCAACCUGGCCCCUCCAGGCCCUGGGCACCCCCGCACCUACCUCACUUACCGGCGGGCAGCAGAGGGGGCAGGGCUGCAUGCCCUGGGCAUCACUGACCUCUGCCUGGUGCUGCCCAGCAAGGGUGAGGGCACUCCUCAUACUUACUGCCGGUUGCCCCGCAACCUCAACCCUGGCAUGUGGGGCCCAGCAGUGUACCUGUGCUACAAGGUGGGCCUGGCCAAGGCCAACACGCUGGUAUAUGAGGCAGAGCUGCUGGGCCGCUACCCGGAGGAGGACAAUGAGGCAUUCCCGCUGCCCGAGUCAGUGCCCGUCUUCUGCCUGCCCAUGGGGGCCACUAUCGAGUGCUGGCCUGCGCAGACCAAGUACCCUGUGCCCGUCUUCUCCACCUUCGUGCUCACGGGUGCAGCUGGUGAUAAGGUGUAUGGUGCCGCCCUGCAAUUCUACGAGGCGUUCCCGAGGGCCAGGCUGUCAGAGCGGCAAGCACGGGCGCUGGGCCUGCUGAGCGCUGUGGAGCGGGGCCGGGCACUGGGGGGCCGAGCUGUGCGCAGCCGGCGCGCCAUUGCUGUGCUGUCCCGCUGGCCUGCCUUCCCUGCCUUUCGCGCCUUCCUCACCUUCCUUUACCGCUACUCCGUCUCAGGCCCCCACCGCCUGCCCUUGGAAGCGCAUAUCUCCCACUUCAUUCACAACGUCCCCUUCCCUUCCCCACAGAGGCCCCGCAUCCUAGUGCAGAUGUCUCCCUAUGACAACCUGCUCCUCUGUCAACCUGUGUCCUCACCCCUGCCCCUCAGUGGUGCCAGCUUCCUGCAGCUGCUGCAGAGCCUGGGCCCUGAGCUGGCUGUCACGCUACUGCUGGCUGUGCUCACAGAGCACAAGCUGCUGGUCCACUCGCUGCGGCCAGACCUGCUCACCAGCGUCUGUGAGGCCCUCGUCUCGAUGAUCUUCCCGCUGCACUGGCAGUGCCCCUACAUUCCGCUGUGCCCACUGGUGCUGGCAGACGUGCUGAGCGCCCCUGUGCCCUUCAUUGUGGGUAUCCACUCCAGUUACUUCGAUCUGCACGACCCGCCUGCUGACGUCAUCUGCGUUGAUCUUGAUACCAACACGCUCUUCCAGACUGAGGAAAAGAAGCUCCUCUCCCCUCGGACCCUGCCCCGCAGACCCUACAAGGUUCUGUUGGCCACACUGACAAACCUGUACCAGCAACUGGACCAGACAUAUACUGGACCCGAGGAGGAGGCAUCCCUGGAAUUCCUGCUGACAGACUACGAGGCAGUGUGUGGCCGCCGGGCCCGGCUGGAGCGCGAAGUCCAGGGAGCUUUUCUCCGCUUCAUGGCCUGUCUGCUCAAGGGCUACCGGGUCUUCCUGCGCCCACUCACCCAGGCCCCCUCUGAGGGGGCUCGUGAUGUUGACAACCUUUUCUUCCUGCAGGGCUUCCUCAAAUCCCGGGAACGCUCCAGCCACAAACUGUACUCUCAGCUGCUGCACACACAGAUGUUCUCGCAGUUCAUCGAGGAAUGCUCUUUUGGCUCUGCUCGGCAUUCUGCCCUCGAAUUCUUCGACUCUUGUGUUGACAAGGUCCACCCAGAGCAGGAGAAGCCUGAGCUGACACCCUUAGUGGAGCUGGAGGAGCUGUCGGGAAAUGAGCUCACUGUCUUCAUCACGCCUCCCGAGGAGCCACCGGUACCAGAGGGUGGUGAAUCCACUCCCCAAUACUGCUACGAUGGGUUCCCCGAGCUACGGGCUGAGCUGUUUGAGUCUCCUCAAGAGCAACCUGGGGCCCUGCCUGUGCCGGGCCCAUCCCGUAGUGCCCCCAGCAGUCCUGCCCCUCGCCGUACAAAACAGGAGAUGAAGGUUGCACAGCGGAUGGCACAGAAGUCAGCAGCUGUGCCUGAGCUGUGGGCCCGGUGCCUGCUGGGGCACUGCUAUGGGCUGUGGUUCCUGUGUCUACCUGCCUAUGUGCGGUCGGCGCCCUCCCGCGUACAGGCACUGCACACAGCCUACCAUGUGCUGCGCCAGAUGGAGAGCUGCAAGGUGGUGCUCCCUGAUGAGGUGUGUUACCGGGUGCUGAUGCAGCUCUGCUCACACUACGGGCAGCCUGUUCUAUCUGUGCGUGUCAUGCUGGAGAUGCGGCAGGCGGGCAUCGUUCCCAACACCAUCACUUACGGCUACUACAACAAGGCUGUGCUGGAGAGCAAGUGGCCAUCUGGCACACCUGGUGGGCGCCUGCGCUGGGCUAAGCUCCGGAAUGUCGUCCUGGGGGCUGCUCAGUUCCGCCAGCCCUUGAGAGAGCGGCGGCAGCAGCAGCAGCAGCAGCAGCAGCAGCAGCAGGAGGAGGAGGUAUCAGCACAUCAGGAGGCAGGCAGCUCCCAGCCAGAGUCCUAUCUGGAGCGCCCCUCUCCCAGCCGCCCCCUUCAGCGCCAGACAACUUGGGCUGGGCGAAGUCUGCGGGACCCAGCCUCACCCACUGGGCGCCUGGUGAAGAGUGGCAGCUUGGGCAGUGCCCGAGGGGCACAGCCCACUGUAGAGGCUGGUGUGGCCCACAUGAUAGAGGCCUUGGGGGUCCUAGAACCCCGGGGAUCACCUGUGCCCUGGCAUGAUGGAAGUCUCUCAGACCUAAGCCUGACAGGGGAGGAGCCAGCACCUGGAGGCAGCCCAGGAGGCUCAGGCUUGGCCCUCAGUGCCCAGUCCACAGAGGCCCUGGAAGGGCUAAGUGGGCGGGGGCCCAAGGCUGGUGGGCGUCAGGAUGAGGCAGGCACCCCCCGACGAGGGCUGGGUGCCCGCCUCCAACAACUGCUCACUCCUUCCCGCCGCUCCCUUGCCUCCCGCAUUCCCCCACCUGAGCUGCCCCCUGACCUGCCAGCCCCAGCCCGCCGCAGCCCUAUGGACAGCCUUCUGCAUCCCCGGGAGCGCCCUGGGUCCACUGCCUCUGAGAGCUCAGCCUCUCUGGGCAGUGAGUGGGACCUCUCAGAAUCUUCUCUCAGCAGCCUGAGCCUUCGCCGUUCCUCAGAGCGCCUCAGUGACACCCCUGGAUCCUUCCAGUCACCUUCCCUGGAAAUUCUGCUGUCUAGCUGCUCCCUGUGCCGUGCCUGUGAUUCGCUGGUGUAUGAUGAGGAAAUCAUGGCUGGCUGGGCACCUGACGACUCUAACCUCAACACAACCUGCCCCUUCUGCGCCUGCCCCUUUGUGCCCCUGCUCAGUGUCCAGACCCUUGAUUCCCGGCCCAGUGCCCCCAGCCCCGUCCCUGCUGGUGCCAGUGGCAGCAAAGAUGCUCCUGUCCCUGGGGGUCCUGGCCCUGUGCUCAGUGACCGCAGGCUCUGCCUUGCUCUGGAUGAGCCCCAGCUCUGCAAUGGGCACGUAGGGGGUGCCUCCCGGCGGGUUGAAAGUGGGGCAUGGGCAUACUUGAGCCCCCUGGUGCUGCGCAAGGAGCUGGAGUCACUGGUAGAGAAUGAGGGCAGUGAGGUGCUGGCAUUGCCCGAGCUGCCUGCUGCCCACCCCAUCAUCUUCUGGAACCUUCUGUGGUAUUUCCAACGGCUGCGCCUGCCCAGUAUUCUACCAGGCCUGGUGCUGGCCUCCUGUGAUGGGCCCCCGCUCCCCCAGGCCCCAUCUCCUUGGCUAACCCCUGAUCCAGCCUCUGUGCAGGUACGACUGCUGUGGGAUGUAUUGACCCCUGACCCCAAUAGCUGCCCACCUCUCUAUGUGCUCUGGAGGGUCCACAGUGAGUCUGGUAUUUGGUCUAGGGUGUGUGGGGGGGGUCCCAUGCCCAGAGGGCUCAGUGACCCUGGUGACCUUCCUUCCCUUCCUCCAGGCCAGAUCCCCCAGCGGGUGGUAUGGCCAGGCCCAGUACCUGCGUCCCUUAGUUUGGCUUUGUUGGAGUCGGUGCUGCGCCAUGUUGGACUCAAUGAAGUGCACAAGGCUGUGGGGCUCCUGCUGGAAACUCUAGGGCCCCCUCCCACUGGCCUGCACCUGCAGAGGAGCAUCUACCGUGAGAUCUUAUUCCUGACAAUGGCUGCUCUUGGCAAGGACCACGUGGACAUAGUGGCCUUCGAUAAGAAGUACAAGUCUGCCUUUAACAAGCUGGCCAGCAGCAUGGGCAAGGAGGAGCUGAGGCAGCGGCGGGCACAGAUGCCCACUCCCAAGGCCAUUGACUGCCGAAAAUGUUUUGGAGCGCCUCCGGAAUGCUAGAGACCCUCAAGCUUCCCUCUUCAGCCUGUGGUGGGGAGGUGAGGGACAAGGAUUCUAGAGAUAAACUACUUCCCUAUUCCCUUCAAAGAAGAGUUGGGAACAGGCUGGGAAGCCUGCCCAGCCAAAGGCUCCAAGCGGGGACAGCGGAAAGAGGGACCCACUGUUACCAAAAGUUACAAUUCCCCUAUCUCCACCCUGCCCAAUUUACUCAUGCUGAUGUUAGGGGAGGCCUAGGGGAGCUGGUACAACUCUGUUCCUCCCUUGUCCUAUACCAGGAGUUCCCCUCCAGGGUACCCACAGAUCUACACUGCCCUGGUCAUUUUGGAAGUUUUUGUUUUAAAAAACAACUGGAAAGAUACAGAGCUACUGAGCCUUUGCCCUCAAUGGGAAGGAGGGAUGUCAUUCCCUACCAAUGAUGGUCCCUCUUCCCUGGCAUUGCUGAAGGAGCCCCAGGCUCUCCAUGCCUUUCUACCUUAGUGUUUAUAGUUUAAGUUAUUUAUUCUGGAGCCACAGCCCCCUUGUUUAGGAGGUUCUUAUGGAGAGUAAGAAAGAAAAGGGAAAUGGGGCACCAUGGUCCAGUGAUUUGUAGCUCCUUGAAAGUCAGGCAGUGGGAGCUAGAGGAGUCCCAAGCUCCUCUUAGGAAGAAUUGGUGCCCCCUCCAGUCCUAAUCCUUGUCCACCUGCCCUUGGGGAAUGCCUCACCCACCCAGGCCCUGACCUGUGCAAUAAGGAUUGUUCCCUGCGAAUUUUUGUUGGAUGUAAAUAUAGUAAAAGCUGCUUCUGUCUUUUUC